AUGGUCCAAUGGACGAACAUAACGGAAUGUGUUCCAGUGAAAGACUGCACCGAGCUACUAAACAGAGAUUCCACAAAGCUAAGCGGUGUGCACACCAUCAUCACCCCUGUCACUCACACCAAGGUACAGGUGCUCUGCGACAUGGAGAUGGAUGGGGGAGGCUGGACGGUCUUUCAAAAGCGGUUCAAUGGCAGUGAAGAUUUUUAUCGGAACUUUAGUGACUAUGAAGAGGGCUUCGGAACUGUUUACGCAGAACACUGGCUGGGUCUUAAAUACAUUUACGAGAUGACAUCGCAUGGUUCCUACCAACUCCGUGUGGACAUUGUACGUUCGAACGGAAGCAGUGGAUACGAUGUGUACGGGGGCUUUAGUCUUCAGCCUGGGACGAACUACACACUGAACGUUGGGUCGCGUAUAACGUCAAAUGGUCUUCUCAACACAACCCUCUCAUUUAGUGAUGGAAGCUCUUCAGGGAAACCGGUCGGAAAUGCCUUCACUACGUAUGAUCAUGACGUUGACCGUUAUCCGGACAACUGUGCAGUAAAGGAUCAAGGGGGCUGGUGGUACAAUCACUGCAAUGACUACAUCAAUCUGAAUGGACUUUACCGACCAGGACAAAUAAGUGGACGGGGCAUGAAUUAUGACUCUGACUACGGUCUUGCUGCCAGCACCAUGAUGUUUAAAAGCGUGUCAUAACAAUGCAUAUUUGAACAUAUUUGAAUAUUUUACACCACCUAAUACACCUUCUCAAUACGACCACAAAUUGUGCGCAAUGAUCUUAAUGUCACAAACUAUAAAUAUAUGAUGCAAUGUCUCUUUUUUAAAUAAAGACAAUAAUUAUGUAGCUAAUACUCGUUUUGGUUUCAUGUCGUAAUGCACUGAUUGUAAUGGUUCUUGUGUUCUGAAUUGUAUAUAACAUUUUAGUAGAUAAAUAGUAAGGAAAUAUAAUUGCAUUAUCCUUGAAUGCUAAUCAAUUCAAUUGCAAUGCUAUAAAGCUAACAGGUAUGUAAACUUCAAUAGUAAAUGAAUACUUCUCGAAGAAGUGUGAAGUUUGGAACUCCUUAACACCAGUUUAAACCCUCAGUGCUUUUGUAUUGACCGUUCCAAGGCAUUGACCCCGGAGUUGUUUAUGGUAUUUGUGCUCCUGUAAUGAUAUGCGUGUCUUGUCUUGUACAUGUGUUUUUUAUCUCACUGUCUUGCAACUGAUUCCUCGCCAUAUAUAUACAACAUUGUAUAAUAUAAGUUUUCUCUCUCUGUCUGUGCAGCUGUAUUUUCAUUCUAUGUGUAUAGCACCUGGCAAUAAAGUUAUUAACACGCUCA